CUCCAACAAUUCAUUUCAUUUAAACCCCCACAAUUUUCCUUUUUUUGAUUUUAACCCAUCGAUCCUUUUCUUUCUUCCUCUUUUCCCCUUCUCAAAGCAGUUUUGUUUUUAAUCUACGCAUGCUAUGUAGACGUCACGUCACGUCACCACUAUUGGAUAAUUUCCUUGUGCUUUUUUAUAUGACUUUUUCUAGUGUAAUUUGCUAAUGCAUAAGAUCUGCUAAUGAGAUUAAGCUAUAAAUGUGGUAGUACAAUUUAUUGGAAGAAAUUCUAGCUUAAAAGGAAGAAGAAUUGGUGAUGGCUGAGGCUGAAGGCUUCCCUCAUCUCUCUUUGAAACUGUUCAUCAAAUUUGUUCUGCUCUUGCUUCUCCCUCUAUGUUACUGUGCCACAAACCAGCCAGACAUAGAAGGUGAGGCACUAAUCGAUAUUCUAGAAGCUCUCAACGAUUCGAGCCAUAGAAUUCGAGAUUGGGAUAGACAUUUUGUGAGCCCUUGUUUCAGUUGGUCUCAUGUCACCUGCAGAAACGGAAGUGUAGUAACUCUAAGCUUGCCUUCUAAUGGAUUCACAGGGAUUCUCUCACCAUCUAUUGCAAAAUUACAAUUUCUGGUUGGCUUGGAUUUGCAGUACAACAAUCUGUCUGGCACAUUACCUGAAUCACUAAGCAGCCUUUCACAUCUCCAGAUCUUGAAUUUAGCCGACAAUAAAUUCAACGGCUCCAUUCCAUCGUCGUGGGGUCAGUUUUCCGACCUCAAACAUCUGGUUGUCAGAGGAAACCAGUUGAGUGGAUCUUUACCAGAAUCUCUAACAAACAUAACUGGCUUAUUGGAAAUAGAUGUUUCUUCCAAUGAUUUGACUGGAAAUGUUCCUCAGCAACUGUUUUCCUUACCAACCUUUAACUUUACAGCUACUGACCUCACAUGUGGUAGUAACCUCAAACAACCUUGUGUCUCAACCUCCUCUAUACCAGUUACAAAGAGAAAAUCAAAGGUUCAGGUUGUUGUGACUGCAGCAACCAUUGGCGCAUUCUUCCUCCUCCUGCUCGGGGCCAUCGUUGGAUACCGGUCUCGUCGCAUGCCUAAGCUCAAAGACGUAUUCGUCGACGUAGAAGGACAUGAUUCGAGUGAGAUUCAGUUGGGACAGAUCAAAAGAUUCUCGGUACGCGAAAUGCAGCUAGCGACGGAUAAUUUUAGCGAGAGCAACAUAAUUGGACAAGGAGGCUACGGAAAAGUGUACAGAGGAGUGUUGACGGAUGACACAAGAGUAGCCGUGAAACGGUUGAUGGACUACCGCAGUCCCGGCGGUGAGGCUGCGUUUAUACGGGAGAUUCAACUCAUCAGCAUCGCUGUUCACAAGAAUUUGCUUCGCCUCAUCGGAUUCUGCACCACCGAGACUGAGAAAAUCCUCGUUUAUCCGUUCAUGCACAACCUCAGCGUUGCCUAUCGCCUCAGAGAGUUGAAAGCAGGGGAGAAAGGGCUAGAUUGGGGCGCUAGAAAGCGCAUAGCGUUUGGGACCGCGCACGGACUAGAAUACCUGCAUGAGCACUGCAAUCCAAAGAUCAUCCACCGCGACAUGAAGGCCGCAAACAUACUUCUGAACGAAGAUUUGGAGCCCGUGCUCGGAGAUUUUGGACUAGCCAAGCUCAUGGACACCAAAGUGACUCAUGUCACCACUCAAAUACGCGGCACGAUGGGGCAUAUCGCCCCCGAGUAUUUAUCCACCGGGAAAUCUUCUGAGAAGACCGACGUGUUUGGGUACGGCAUAACUCUGCUUGAGCUCGUCACCGGGCAGCGUGCUAUCGACCUGUCUCGCCUGGACGAGGAGGAGGAUGUUCUGCUUCUUGAUCAUAUGGAGACUUCAAGUUCUAGUGGACAAUUAUUAUAUGGACCCGAAGACCCGUCCUUGCUAAAUUUGCAGAAACAUCACAUUUCACAUAAACUCAUGAAAGAGGGCACAACCCAAGUAUUUAAAGUCCGAAGGACAGAAAGCAAGACUUGGGACGUCGAAAUUCACGAGAAUGUUAGAUAUUGGCUUGACGUCUUUGGUUUCAAAGGCGUGAUCGAUUGUGGGAAGCCCAUGAAGGUGGACAACGAGCUGAUCACGGCGUUGAUUGAGCGUUGGAGACCGGAGACGCACACUUUCCAUCUACCGAUCGGUGAGGCGACGAUCACCUUGGAAGAUGUGCAAGUCAUUUGGGGCUUGAGGGCGGAUGGUCGUGUUUUCACAGGGCGUGACUAUCAUGACAACUUUCCAGACUGGACCAGCAAGUGCCGCGAUCUGUUGGGAUGGAUACCAGAUACUUCCACAGAGACAAAGCAAAACGGUUUGCUGAUGACCGCACUGAUCAACCAGACAAGGAUGCCUCUGGGUGAUGACCUACCUAUGUACGUAUACAUCCAAAGGGCACGUAUCCAUGCCCUAAUUUUAUUAGGAGGUCUCAUUCUACCGGACACCACGGGGUGUAAGGUGCCAUUUAUGUGGUUGAAUGGGCUUGGGGAUCCAGAAGAGGUGAAGAAUAUUAGUUGGGGAAGUGCGGCAUUGGCCUACCUUUAUCAUUAUCUGUGCGAGGCUUCCAUGGAUAAGAGAAAAGAGUUGGGCGGGCCUAUGAUGCUUCUGCAGCUAUGGGCGUGGGAAAGAAUGCCCACAUUGAGGCCUGCGUUCAUUGGACCAGUUGUGCACGAGCCAUAUACACCAUGUGGCGCCAGGUGGAAAGGAACAACGCAGAUAGGAAAUGCUCCUAGACACUCGGUUGAGCAUUAUCGUGACCAAAUAUCUCUGAUUAGACCUGGCCAGUUUAUCUGGACGCCAUACGCACAUUGCAUACUGCCUGACUACUGCAAUGAUGUGACUGGAUGCUCUCUGGGCGAGACCUACUUGGUAUGUUGGGCCUAUGUCGAGGCCCAUGAGCCUGGACGAGUGCGACGACAGUUCAAUCAGUAUCAGGAUAUACCGCAGAAUGUAGACAGGAUGCUAAGGAACGCCGAUCAUUUAGGCAAAAAUGAUCGGCGUGGUAAAAAGGGCAACAACUGGGAAAACACGCAUUAGUUCUAUAUUGGGGAGUGGGACAUGAGGUACGAAAGGUUCCAAGCUGCCGAAUACGCCGCACCGAUGUCCUUGGAUAUUCCCAUGAGCCCGGGUUAUAUGGCGUGGUAUAACAGAAUUACCGUGACGUACAUGACUCGGCCUGUGGCACGGGCCACUGCUGGGAUGAAUGAGUCGGCUGCUUCGAUGCGACUAUUUGUUGAGGCUUUUCAGCGGGUUUUCCAUUUAACUACGGAAGACGAAAUGGACCCCCGAGUGCGCCAGAUUCGAGAAAUUGUUAGGACUACCCUCGAAGAUACGAACAACGGUGAUGUCAUGGAGUACCCCGCACGGGCGAUUCUAUUUUCUAAUUUCAGGCUGGCAGAAUACAGAGAGUUCGCCCGCACGGGCGAUUCUAUUUUCUAAUUUCGCCCGAUCGGGCGUUUUCGGAGUAUUUUCAUAUUUACAUACUUUAAUUAUUCAGUGGAGUUGAGACAAAUAAUUUCCAUUUUCCAA